CACUGUUAUGACAACUUUCUAUAUAUGGUUUGUUUAAAUUGUUUCCUUUCCCCUACACCCUUUUUUUCACCCCCUACAGAGAAAGUCUUUCAGAAAAAAUGCCCAAGUCUUAUCGCGGGUAAUCAAGUGAACCGUUCAUAUCAUUGCAUCCUUUUUACGUCAUGGGACCUGAUGGAGGUUUCCUAAGUACUGGAGUGCUUCAUGUCAUUGUAUGGGGAAGCUUGGGAGCCAUGGCAAUGCUUCUGGUAUUUAGUUUUCUCAUCUUUCUCUGCUCUGGUUGUGACAGGGAGAAGAGGCCUGAGCAGCAAAAUGGGGACCACGAAAAUCUGAUGAAUAUGCCUUCAGAUAAAGAGGCAUUUAGUCACUCUGUUACAAGUCUGGCUACAGAUCCAAUUGCAAGCAGUGAACAAAAUGGUGGAGUCAGUAAUGGAGAUGUUCUUUCAGAAGAUAGUACAACUGCCUCCAUCCAGCCUUAUGAAGAAGUGCAAACCUCUGUUACAGAUCUCUUGGAUCAACAGGACAACCUGGGAAGGUCCUUAAAAUGUCAUCAAAGUAGGGAGCUACCCAGAAUUCCUCCAAAUAAUGCCUUAGAAACAAUUCUUAUCACAAGAAAUGUAGAAAAUGACCAGAGUUUGGGAAUGGAGGGGCCCUAUGAAGUGUUGAAAGACAGCUCCUCGCAAGAGAACAUAGUAGAAGAUUGCUUGUAUGAAACUGUGAAGGAAAUUAAGGACCUGGGAGCAGCAGCCAACUCUGAGAAAUGCAAACCAAAGACUACAGUGAUGGUUAAUGGAAUUUUAGAUCAUGUUCCUGAGCAGAAGCCAGAAUCAGCAGAAUAUGCAUCCGUUGACAGAAAUAAAAAAAGUUGUCAGAGUGUGAAUUCAGAGAGUCCUCUUAGCAGUACUACUCCAGAUGUGGAAGAUGAAGCUCCACCUCCUGUACCAAUAAAACUUCUUGAUGAAAAUGAGAAUGUACAGGAUAAAGGAGCCAAAGAAGAGGAAGAAGUAAUGGAAAGGCUUUGUGAACCUGACAAGAGGCUUAGUUCAUUGAUUUAUAAAUCUCGAGAAGAUGACCCAUCUCUUACAGAAGAUGAGAUUUCAGCAAUGUAUUCUUCUAUAAAUAAAACAGGACAGCCCUCUAGGGACUUGGAAUCUACGUAUACCUGUAUUCCUGAAAUUGCACCUCAGAAGUCACCAUCUAUUUGCAGUGGCCUCUAUGCCAGUGUGAAGGACUUGGAAAGUAAUCCAAACCUUACUGAUAUGCCUCAAUCAACGAUACUGCUAAAUGGGGACUUGGAACCAGACUAUGAAGCAAUUCAGACUCUCUGUCAUGAGGAGGAAAGAAAUGUUUUGAUGUCUAGCAACAUUCAAACGGUCCUCUCACAAGAGAAUGACUAUGAGAGUAUUGGUGAUUUGCAGCAAAACAAAGAUGUCACCAGGCUUUAACUGGUUCAGAUGCAAGACUUUGGAACAGGCUUUUCAGUAUGUCUUUCAAGAUGGGUUUACUCCAUGACUUAUCACUUGCAAACUUAACGCACUGUUGGAAAUGUAAAACGGACUCUGUUGAAAAAGUAUUUUGCUUGAAAUGAUGUCAGGCAGCAUGAAAGCUUAGCUUCGGAUAUUUGAUCAGUGAUUCCUGCUUCAUAUCCAUCAAAUCACGAUACAGGUAUGAACUUACCCUAACAAGCAGCAAAUGGGCUAGUGCUCCUCUUGAAGAACCAAGAUCACAUAGAUGAAAAAAAAUGAAAAGCAGAAUCUUUGCUGCUUCGUCAAGAAGUACUGUGAUUUUCCUACUCUCGUAGGUGAUCGUUAUCACAACAACACACAGAUAAAAUCAGAAUCAAAGAUUAAAGUACUGGAAAGGCUUCUAUAGUGAGAGCCAUGUUGAAUAAAGAGUGACGUGUUUAUCAUUUGCCUACUCCGAGGAGCACAUGCUCAGACGCAUACACAUAUCCUAAUAUAGAAAGAGUGACUCUGUUAAAUAAGGGCCUUUUUAAAGAACGUUUCCUUUCAGUUACUUCAAUCAUUUUAUUAAAUUAUAUUUCCAAAUUACACAUUCAGUUAGGUUGCUUUCAACCAUAGGCACAGCUUGCCAUAAAGAGUAUUGGCCCUCCACAUAUAUAGGUACACAAAGUGGGCUAAUUUGCCUUAAUAUGUUCAAUGUAGCCAUGGGAUGUUGUAAGUGAAUGUGCCGGCCUAUCCUCAGGUUCAUACUUCAGCUUUGAUCUUGCUUCAAAGCAGCACAAGACCAGCCUCUGGAACAAUGGCAUUUGUGGGUGUUAGGAAGGACACUCCCUUUCUGAGGAUCUAUAGCAGAUGUGGUUGAAGAAAGCAUGCACAUCUUGUUUGCUUCAUUGGUGGUUUACGGACUGGCUAUAUAAUUCCUGACUAUUUUUACAGUUUUUCAAUUUUGUGAAACCCAUUUUCCUCCAAUACAAUAUUGUGCUAUGAUUGCUUUACAUUUAAAACUUCCAUUUUUCUGAUGAUACAGUCAGGAUUCUUGAAAAUGUAUUUAAUACACAUACACUUUCUGCUUUUCAAACACGGGCAAUCACUUCUAUUUUUAUCUUUAAUGUAUUUUGCAACCUGCCCAAACAAGCUGCAGUGUUUUGCAUAGAUUACAGUUCACUCCCAAACAGGUACUUAAUGCAUCUUUAAGAAAUAUCUUUUUAUAUAAAAUUGUAAAUAAAAGGUAAGACA